UCCCCCCGGCGGAGCCCCGUCACGGCACCGCCCCGGGCGGCGCUUGGCCCCACCGCGCCGCCGUUGCGGGGCGGGGCGGCAGCGGCAGCCAUGGCGGCGCCCGUCGUGCCGGAGACCGACAGCAUCCGCCGGGCCGUGUCGCUGCUGAACGCCGUGGACCCGGGCCGCUUCCCGCGGCUGCUGUCCCGCCUGCUGCAGAAGCUGCACCUGAAGGCUGAAAGUAGCUUCAGUGAAGAGGAAGAAGAAAAACUUCAAAUCGCUUUUUCAUUGGAAAAGCAGGAUCUUCAUCUAGUUCUUGAAACUAUAUCAUUCAUUUUGGAGCAGGCAGUUUAUCACAAUCUGAAGCCUGCUUCACUGCAACAACAGCUGCAAAGUAUUCACCUGGAUCAAGACAAAGCUGAAGCGUUUGCCAGUGCAUGGGCAGCUGCAGGUCAAGAUACAAUUGAAAAGUUCAGGCAGAGGGUUUUGACCCCUCAGAAGCUUGAAACAAUUGGAUGGCAGCUUAAUCUUCAAAUGGCUGAAUCCAUGCAAGCAAAGCUGAAAUCUCCUCGAGCUGUGCUAGAGCUGGGUGUUAGCAAUGAAGAUUCAAAGGAAAGUGGCAGAAGGAAGGGCUCUGACUACCAAACUUCAUCUGAGCGCCAUUCAUCAAGACAAUGCUGUGCUAGGAGCUGCCACCAAGCUCACUGUUCAGGAGUAACAGCUGUCCAGACAUGGGAAGAUAACUGCCAGGGACCUGACUGCUAAUCUCUGGUGUAUUUCAGAUUGCAUUAUGGUAUCAAGGUCAACAUCGUUUGCAAACGCAUAAACAAAUCUGGUGCAGGAAUUACUGGGUGAAGUGCAAUUCCCAGGAAUAUUUGGAGGAUCACUCUAGAUGAUAAGCGUGGUCUCUUCUGGCUUUAAAAUCCACACUUCUCUGAAAUUCCCAUUCCUUCACAGAGCCCUGCAGGCCUGGCAGACUGGCCUCACCUCCCUCACUUUCUCCUUCUCCCUCUCCUUCCUUGUCUUUCUCCUCUCCAGCAAACAGCUUAGGUCCAUGUGUUCUUCCAGUGCAAUGGAUUUGGGUUGGUUUUGAAUGUGUAAUGUCUUGCUGGUCUUUGUUAUUUUUGUGUGUGAGAUCUCAGGUGGGCCCCAGGAAGAUGCCUGGCUUUGAGCAUGGUCUCAUGGUGUGACUUUGGGCUAUGUGCCUGUGGAUGGAUAUGUUUUUGGGUGAAAGCUUCUGGUUGGGUGCCUUGUCCUGUCAAAGCUGUCAGAUUGCUCAUCUCUCUGGUUUGGUUUGGUUUGGUUCAGUUGCCUUUGGCAUGGCAGCAGUCAGGGAGGCUGCAGCUCGCUGUGCAGCAAGCGUAACGAAGUCUCAGAGGGCCACACACCUGUGAACUCAGCAUAGCUUGCACAAUUAAUAACACAAUUAAAAUCUGGGACUUUGAAACAAAGCCAGUCAUUUCUCCUGAUUGUUGGCUGAGGCCUAUUUGUACAGGGAGAAGAAUGGCAGCAUGAAAUGAGAAGGAUUACUGAGGGAGAAAACAUAGCAACAGCACAGCCUCGUCACUUAGUAACAGGGAAGAAUUGUGAUGAAGAAGGAAUGAACGUAUAUAAAUAAAAUAUUCAGGAAUAUACAUAUUCAUUAAAGCAAUAUCCAGAAAACAGAGAGGUGAAAGGCAAUAGCUAAGCAUCUAAAAAUGCUCUUUAAUGAAAAAGAAUUUUAAAUAUCUGUCUUCGCCCUUCAAAGCUGUGUGAUGGCAUUAUCUUCCCACGUGAAGCUAUGCUGUUUCAUGUCUUCUUAUGUUCCUCCCCCCAUCCCUUCACCCCAAGUGCCAGGGAGGUCUGACAGAUGAACCUUCCAGGAUCGCUUUAUGUUCCCAGACAUGAGUUGCUGGUUUAUUACCCUAACCACGUCUAUGUGAGUAAUGUUCCUUAUGUGUCGUCAUGCCCAGCGCUGAUGAAUACACAGUGAUAUAUUUCAGCUCCAAAGAGCAUCCCAAUUAAUUUGCCUGUUAUGGUCUUUUGCCCCAGAACCAAGAGCGUGUUCUUCACUGUUGUGAUUGCUUUCCUUGCCUCCUGAACCAGAAGAAGAGGAGAAGCAAUGAAGACAGAGAAGCAAUGCUGGGUAGUAAAUGAAACUCUGUCCACACCUUCACACUUAUAUUUAUUCCAGAGAUGUUGGCUUUAAUUUAGGGUGGGAAAAAAAAAAGAAACAACAAACAAACAAAAUCAAAACCUCAAUAAUCUGAAAUUCAAAUCAGUUUUGGGGAAGAAAGAAUGAGAGCUUGGAAGCAAUUGCAAAACAAGAUUUUACGUUAUUAGAUGUUGUUCUCCUGCCUUGGGUAUUUAAUCAAAUGCCCAGGCCUGUUCCCACAUAAAGUGAAAGAUUAAUCAUCACACUUAUAAAUCAUUCUUCUCAUCUCCCUCUCAUUCACACCAGACCCGCUCCCUUCUCUUUCAGCGGUCUGGAAACUACUGCCCCUUAUCUUCUGGUUCUCUUUUUCUGAGGGCUUAACUUGGGCUUGUGAGUAAAUGUUAGGCAUUCACCUUUCUUGCUUAUUUUGUAUAUGACAAAUUGAUCACAGGGAUGAGCUUUUCUCUUCAAUCCACUGUUUUUAAUAAAUAUUUUACCUUGCAGUACUGAAACACUAGUUAUGAAUUUUCAUGAGCAACUUCCCAUAAAUCUUCUUAACAACUCUUCACAGAAACUGGGGCUGUAAAAGCACUAUGCCUGGCUAGGCACAGGUCAUCUGGUAUUUUGUUUCUCUUUCUCCCGUUGAGUACUUUUGGGGAUUGAAUGGAACAUUUAACACAGCAAAAGGUGCUAUCCCAGACUGCAUUCAUCUCAGCCAGUGCAAAAAUUUAAUGUGACUGGAGGCUAUACAAUGUGUUUGUGGGCUGGUUAUCAGUUACUUUUGGUAGAUCCCUAAGAUAAAAAUUGCUCCUGUUUGGGAAAUACUCAAAAGAAUUCACAUUUGUGUUUGGAUGUGUACCAAGAUCACAUUUGGUGUUUUCCAUCUGAAAUGUUCAUAGUAAACUUAGCAGCAUGUAUUUAAAAUUAAAAUGCAUUUAAAAUUUAUCUUGAUGUAUAAAUAUUAACGGGAUUAGUUUUGCUGUGCCGCACGAGCCCACAGUCCACAGAGCCUGAUCAGGAGCUGGUGGGGCCAGUAAAUGAGCCCCACAUGAAAAGAUCCACUGGUGGAACAUGAGGACACUGCAGAAGAGCUGAGCAAAGGCUUUGCCAUGGUGUUCACAACAGAGGCGCUGUGAGCAGGGAGUGAGCCUAAGGAGCCUCCUCCAAUGGAGGUGUCAGGAAAAGGCAUGUUAGAACAAAUUGAUAAAACCAAACAUUAACAAAUUCUCAGCACCAGAUGGUGUUUACCCAGGAGUCCUGAAAAAAAAAAAAAAAAAAAAAAAAAAAACACAAAUAA